AUUUUGAGCUAAUUAUAGACAUUUUAAAUUUUGUGAGUUUUGUACAUCAUUUUUAUUCGGUAGAUAAUCUAUAGAUAAAAUUCUUAGACUAAACAGAAGUACUUGAAUAUGUAACAGGUGGUUCCUUAAAUAUCGCACUUUGUGGUAAAAACAAAAAAAAAAUGAUUUUCAUGUAGUUUUUAUUUUGAUAAAGGAAUUUUAAAGAAAAUCGUUUGAGUAAAAAAAUUAUAUUGAAAAAAUCUAUAGCAACUGGUUCUUUUAAAUUUUUUGUUUCGAAAAUACGUACUGCCGAUUUAAGAACGAUGGUGAGGUCAGAAUUUAGCGGACUAAUUUAGUUUUGAAGUCAUAGCUUUUUGAAGUUCUAAUAUGCGGAUGUUAUAUGUUAUAUUAAAUAAUUCAAUAUUGUCAAUUUCAUAGUUUGUGAACGUAAUUUAGUGGUGGUAUGAAUUUUGUUUCAAAAAUAUAAUUGAGUGUAAUAAGAUAUUUUAAUAAGGUAUGUUUUAAAAUUAAAUUUUGACGAAAAUCGUAAAUAUUAAUUAUUACGGCUUUUCAAAACGUGUGUAACUAAACUUCGAUCGUUUUUUGUUAUCAAUGGUUCGUUGGUCACAGGUAUAAAUUAAAUAACUUUAUGUAUCCCAUCUUUCUCUCUAAUCACCUAUAACAGUGGCCGCACCCGUCCCAUCGCAUUGUAAUGAUAGGCUAUUUAAGCUAUCAUACAUAAUUUAAAAUAAAAUAUUAUGUAAUGUAAGAAAUAAAUCAAACAAUAAAGGGAACGAAAAUUAAACAUAUACAUCCAAUUCCAUUUUUUUUUAUCAAAUAACAUAUAUUUUAAUGCGAUAUCUACUCAUUGUAAUGAUAUGAUACUUAAGCUAUCAUAUAUAGUUAAAUAAAAUGUAUAAUCAAUAUUGUAAAAUAAUUAUAAUAAUUUAUAGCCAUUAAGUAUUAGAUUAAGUUUUUUAGUAUUAACCAGUUUAAGAUAACACAUUUACACACGCACACACACAUAGAUCUCCAGUUAUAAGGAGGCCGGCCACUUCUAAUCACACACAGAGUGCGUGUAUUAUUCCCGUUGCUUUUGGACAGAUGAUCACAAGCGAGUGUAAAGACUAUGCAGAGAUUCUUACAAAAGCACGGGAACCUAGAACAGUGUUUUAUAUUUAAAAAAUUAAUAAAAAAAAAAACAGUUGUUACAUUAAAAUCUUUUUAUUUAUUUCGGUCACCUUUAUCAGAUUCAACAGAUUAUUUGCCGCCUGAAGGAGAAAGGUAAUCCAAUUUAUAAUCAACUUAUACGUGUGAAUCAAUUUUAUAUAAUAAGGCUGACCGCCAUAUAUUUUUGAUUACUACAGCAUCACAUCCCCUUUUUUUUUUUUUAAAUUUAAAUAUUAAGUGAAAUGAGAAGAAUACGUAUCUAUGGAUAUAAUAUGCUGUAAUUAUGAAUAUCUAAAGAAAGGUGGUUCGACAAUCGUUCUCCACUAUUAUAACCUAUAAAGGGUGAUCAACAUAAUGUAAAAUAUUCAUUAUCUUCUUAACUGUUUUUGAAAUUUGUUUUUUUUAAACAUGUAAGAAAUAAGCCGCUGUGUCACAUUUUACUUAUUUUUGGUCACCUUUAUUUUUAGAGGUGAAACUUCCUCCUACUUUUAAUUUUAAAAUAAAAAUCCAUACUCAAAUUUUCAUUAAUAGAGUAUUGGUUUAAAUACAUUUUGUUAAAAUUUCCCGUUGGCUUGAACCUUUCCACUUAAGUUUAGGCAGUGAGGCACUAUUAAAACGCUGUAUGCCGCGUGCUGCUAUACAAACAAUGACCGCGACUUACCUUCCUCCGAAUCUUAUAAGUAGAUUAUCUUGUCCACAGGUUUACGGAAAUUAAAAUUUCAACACCAAAAUUUAUUUUAAUGAAUACACCUUUUAUUUGUGGACUAUAGGUCGCCAUUUGAAAAUAAAAAGUACGUAGUGAUUUAACAUUUUCACCCCCCAAAAUAAGGCUGACAAAUAAAAGAGUAAUAUAACAAUUUAGAGCUACUAAUUUCUUUAAUGUUUUAAAAAUAGUUUCCGAAAGAAUUUAAUAUUUUCCGAGAUAAUAAGUGUCUUACGUUAUGUUGAUCACUCUGUAUAUAUACUAUGGUUAUUUGGAAUUUGGAGUUAAACUUGAAACAAUAUUUAUUAUACACCAACAGGUAUGCGAAUAAUUUUAUUAGUUACGAUGCAUCUAAUUAGAAUAAAAAAAGGUGAUACUGCAGUUGAGUUUAGUAGAUAGAAAAAAAGGACAUUAGUAGAAGUAGAAGUAGAGUUAUUUAAUUUAUAUUUGUACACGACAAUAAAUCUUUGUUAACGUUAUACGAUUCUGAGCAAGAUCAGCUAAAUAGGUAAUAUGUUUUAAAAUUCCGUGAUUUUCGACACAAUUUAUAAUUCAAGAUAACUUUAUAAAAAACAACUAUAUUACGCUCAGAAUUUUCUGUUUUGCCGUCCAACUUUUGGUGAACCUUGAGUUCCAUUUCCAAACAUAUUUGCAUGGCCUAUAUAUUUAAUUUAUAUGAAUCGAUGAACACUACGCUAAAUUAUGUGAUUUUACAAUUUCCAUUAACAUUUUAACUAUGAACGUGUCUAUAAAAAAACAAUUAUAUUACGCAUAUCUUUUUUUUUUUUUCAUUAAGUGCCUACCACUAAUGAUGAAUCUUUUAUAAAAUAAUCAAGUAAUACUGAUCGGCCAAACAAAUUUUAUCCACAUAAAACUAAAUAAAACCUAAAAAUUUUGAAAAUGUUCAAUGCCUAUAAAUAGCUAAACAAAUCUGAAUUACAAAAAAAAAAAUGAAGUCCUAGGAUAAUGGAGACGGGUGCAGCCACUGUUAUAGGUAAUUUAAUGUAUAUCUGUAAGCAACGAUAAACUAUUGCUAACGAAAAACCGAUUCUGAGCGCAGUUCAGUUGAUAGUGAUGCUUUGUGAACAAUAUAUAAUAUAUAUGUCAUAUUAUGGUAAAAUAAUUAAAUAGGUAUUAUAUAUCUUCUUUAAUAAUAUUUGUUUAAUAUUGUAUUGUUUUUCCCUGUUUUCCUAUGUUUUUUCCUACAUUAUCACAUUUGUUAAGAAAACUCUUGGUAAAAUCGAAACAUGGCAUCCCUAAAAUAUCUUUUCAGUCUGAUUUAUUUUCAGAAAAAGUACUAUUAUUGUAAAUCAGAGCAAUUUGCUGGUAGAAAAGUUGUACACUGAAAAAAAGGCCAUAAUAUUAUUUUACUAAUACCUACGAUUCGUACGUUUUCUGUUUUCAAACAUUUUAUCCCGGUUUUUCCCAGUAAUUAUGAAAACCAAUUGCAAAAUCACAAAAAUGACCUCCCUAAUCCAUGGAGAUAAAAUUGUCUUUCUGAAAAUAAGCUAUAUAUGAUACAUAGGUACUUUAUAAGUAAUUUAAUGUAUAUCUGUAAGCAACGAUAAACUAUUGCUAACGAAAAAACGAUUCUGAGCGUAGUUCAUUGGAUAGUGACGCUUUAUCAACAAUAUAUAAUAUAUAUGCUUUAUUAUAGUAAAAUAAUUAAAUAGGUUUUAUAUAUUUGUUUAAUAUUGUAUCGAUUUCUCGUAGUUCCUGGUUUUCCCGUAUUUUUUCCGGUAUUUUACAUUUUCUGGGAUAACUCUUGGGAAAAUCGAAAAAAUUACCUCUUUGAAGUACCUUCCCAGUUAGAUUUCCUUUUUGAAAAAAUGCUAUCAUCGUCAAUCGGAGCAAAAUUGCUGGUAGAAAAGUUGUCUACAGAAAAAUAAAUUCGUAAUAUUUUACUAAAAUAUUUCGUACAUUUUCCCGUUUUUCACGAUUUUUCUCAGAUAUUAUAAAAACCGCUUGAAAAAUUAGAUUUGUUCAACAUAAUUUUUUAUUCAACAACUCGUCGAAAUUUGAUAAAAAUUCCCCUAUAAAAAAGAGUACUACAUUAAACUCAAUUGUUUUUUUACCAUAAAGUAAGGCUUUUAAUGAACCUCCUGUUAAAUUUUCACGCAUUUCUGUUAAGUCUAACAAAUUUAUCACAGAGUACCUACUGAAUACAACAUAUGUACAAAACUCUCAAAAUUAAAAUAUCUAUAAAUAACUCAAAAAUUGCUUAAAUAUUUUGAAAAUUUGACCACGUCUAGAAAAGGCAAACAUAAAUUUUCUGUUCAAAUUUUAAGUAUCUACGAAUAUUUUUAAAUAAAUUACAACAAAUAACAAAAUGUAUAAAUAAUAAAAGCAUUCAUUUCGUACAUUCCCCAUUUUUCUUACGCUUUAUUUUGGUUUUUCCCAGGUAUUAUGAAAACAGCUUGGAAAAUCAAAAUAUGACCUCCCAAAAGCACCAUCUGGAUAACAUUCCUUUUCAGAAAUGGUGCCGUGCAUAUAUAUCUAAGCCAGAUUUCUGAUAGAAUUUUUGUACAUAAUAUAAAAAAAAAAAAUAAACAUCUUACUAAAACCAAUACAUUCUUUGCUACACUUAGAAUCUAAAAUAAUAAACGACAUAUAUCUUGCGAUGGGUGGGCCACUGUUAUAGGUGAGAAGUUGGGAGGAUAGAGAGGAAAUUGAAUGUACAUCUGUACGCAACGAUUAAUCAUUGCUAUUGAAGAACAAUUUUGAGUGGAGUUCAGUUAUACAUGUUUUGAAAGGCUGUAAUAUUCACGAUUUGAAAGUAAUACACUUCGUAAAUUUUCCCGUUUUUUCCCAGUUUUUCUUAUUUAUUUAUAGAAAUCAUUGAAUAAAUGAAAAAAUAAUUUCCUUAAAAUACCAUUGAAGUUUUUUUUCACAAAAGGUGCUACACUUGAUAAUCGGAGUGAAAUUUCUGGUAGAAUAGUAGUUCACAGAAAGAAAUAAAAAUCAAUAUAAACCAAUACAUUCCUCGCUCCUUUCAAAAUUAAAAAAAAAAAAAAACAAUUAAUAGAAAAACCAAUAGAUUCCAUACUGCACUCAAAAUCUAAAAUCUAAAAACAGAAAUCACUGAAUUUUUGUCUUCGUAUAAAACGAUACUUAAUCAAUACAUUUAAUUACUAAAUUACUGUAACUUUUUUCGUAAAUCAUAAAAUUAUGUAGGUAAUAAACCACAUUAUGAUAUCCAUGGUUUCUCAUGUUUCCAAUGUUUAUCAUCAUAUUGUUACAAUUAAACUGUGAAAUUUUAAAAAUAUAUUUAUAGUUGGUUGACGGAGUUAUUGGGUAAUCGGGUAUGAGUGUUGCGUGUAAAUAAUAAGAUUUAUGUAUCUAGGCACUUAUCUUAUAUUAAAUCUAUUCGGUCGGGCGGGCGUACCGUAUUAAUUAUUACGUUUUUGUUAAAUCUAAAAUUAGAUAGACUUAAUAUGCAAAAACCGGCUAUUUAAUAUAUACAACAUAGUAUAUAAAAAUGAUAUUAAUACGACCACACAGUGGCGUGUGUAUCUUAAAAACGACCCAUACUGAAUGUCGAGAGUAAAACACCAAUCCGCCUCUAUUCUAUACAUAUACAUACUAUUAUAAUCUCCUACUAGGAAACUUUAAGAUACUUUUAUGAUUUUAUAUUUUAUUCUCUAUUUUUGGACAUUUUUUAAAAUCUACUAGUGGUGCCAUUCUUCAUAAUUGCUUACAAUUUUUUGUUUAUUUAUUUAAAAUUAUAUCUGUUAAAAUUAAAUUUUCUAUUGAAAAUGUUAAAAAAGUAUUAACGGUAUUUAAAUUUAAUUUUAAAAAUUAUAUUAGUAAUCCAGGAAUUAUGGAUAUUCAUAUAAACUAUAUUUUUCUAUGGUGGUCUUGAAAACAGAAAAAUCAUAUGUAUUUUCAAACGUAUAAUUUUCAAUAAAUGCCUGUUUUUCAUACGACAUUUUAUUGACAUUUUAUCGGUUUUUAGGGUGGGAGAAUCCUGGAUUCUAUCUUCCAAAAAUCCGCCAUUUAGUUAGGGAUAUACAUUUUAAAUUUGAUUUAUUUCGUAAUUGUUCUAUAUGCAAGCGUGCUUAUAAGAUAAAAUCCCACCCGGAGCAAAAGUGGGAAAAGUUUUAUUCUAGAAAUAAUUUAUAUUGUUAUCGUAAAAUGGUAUGCCAUUAUACGUGAUUAAUGUACCUACAGUUGAAAAUGUCAGGGGCAGAAAGCAAUGAUCCUUUUUGCCCCUUCCUGUGGACGCCCUUGUCCAUGUGAUAAUUUAUUGACAAAUAUUUAUUUUUAGAUUCUGAGUUGACCGAAGAAGCUUAUGGUUUUACAAAGAUCUUUUUUUAAUCUGUGCACAACUUUUCUAUCAGAAAUCUUGCCCCGAUUUUUAAGUGUAGCUCCUUUUCUGAAAGGAUAUCGGACUGGGGAGGUACUUUUUGGAGGACAUUUUUUGAUUUUCCUAAGAUUUUUCUCAAUAAAUGGGAAAACUGGGAAAAAACAUGAGAAAACCAGGAAAAACGGUACAAUAUUCAACAAAUAUAAUUUAAAAAAAUACAUAAUGCCUGUUUAAUUAUUUUACUAUAAUAUGACAUAUAUAUUGUUAACAAAGUAUCACUAUCAACUAAACUCCGCUCAGAAUUGUUUUUUCGUUAACAAUGGUUUAUCGUUGCUUAAAGCACUCUUUCCCAUUAUCCUAUAGUAUACCUUUUUUUCAUUUAAUAACAUUACUCUAAAUUUCCUCACUAGGUAAUAUUAAUUUAACAAAUUUAUAAACUAUAGUUAAUACUGGGAAGUGAAUUGUAAGAACAUAUAAUUUUUAUAAGUUUGUAAUACUUAAGUUUGAAAGUUUGAGUGAUAAUAAUAAAUUAUACAUUGUAUGAAGGUAUGUAUACAUCAUGCAUGUAUCAUUACAAUGUACGUUAUUGUAUUAUUAAUUUAUAUAAGUACCUAUAAUACCUAUAAUAGUUUGCAAUACUGUUUAGCGAUUAACUUAAUAAUAAAAACAAAAUAAUUCCAUUUUGAUAAUUCAGUCGGAAACUCACGGAAUGCAGUUCAUGAUUUUUCGUGAAAGAAAUAAAUAAUAAAGCGUCGAGAUUAAAAAUAUAAUCGCCGUGUGCAAACAGCACGUGCCAAGCAUUCAUUCGCCUUUUUGUGCAUAUUAUGAUUAUAUGAAUGCAUUAUGUCUAAACGGCACUUUUUUUCUUCAUUCAUUUUUCAUAAAGAUGAGUUAUGUAUAUUCGCAUACCGAAUAUAAUAUCAUUGAACGAUCGUGUGUACAUAAUAAAUAAGGCUAUCCUAUUUUAGGCAUAUUUUUUGUCUAAGCGCAGACGCAUAUAAACACAUGUCAUACUAAAAAAAUAUUUAUAUACAUAUUAUAAUAUUACCUUACACUAUAUAUUUACGGAUAUGAUAUUUGCAUACAAUUUAAUUUAUUGUGUAAGUAUCUAAAUGGAAUUAUAUAUAUUAUCAAAACAAUAUUAAACAAACUCGUACACAGGAUAUUCUAUUCAAUGUAUCUACUAUAGGUACCUAGUUUUUUCUAACAAUAAUAUUAUAAUAGUUGUGUUUUUGAAUAUUGUUAGGUAUUUUUGUUUACUUUAUAAUUUUAAACUGUAAUAAAUGUAUUAUUUUUACAUUAUUCAUGUAGGUAAUAAAAUAACUUUCUGGGUAGAAAUAAUAAUUUGUUAUUUACAAUGUACAUAUUUCUUAAUAUUAAUCAUGGUAAGCAUUAUUACGCUAUGAAUUUAUAGUAAAGCAAUAAAGGCGAGUGAAAAAUCAUAAGAAAAUGUUAAAUAUAUUAAUUAUUCAGUUUAUACACAACUUGAUAUUGGUUUAUAUUUAUUAUUAUCAAGUUGUUGCGAAUUUUUGUGAAAUAAAAUAUAAUUAUUUUUAUUACAAUAAACUAGACUAAGUGGUUAGUUCAUAUUAAAUCUAGUUUUGAUUAUCUAGUUGCGCAUUUAACACCUUUGUAUUUCUUCCGUGACUAUUUUUUAUUAUUUUGUUUUAAUGGCUUUUCGUGGUGCAUGUAGAUUAAAGUGUCCAUACUUUCCAUUUCAAUAAAGUAUAUAUUAUUAUGGAUUAUAAAUAUACAAGUAUAACAAUAUUGUAAAAUUAUAUAAUUAAUUCAUAAAUAGAUAAUAGAUUUUAUUUAAAGUUACAUAACAUUUAUAAAUUGGUUAUUGGUGAAGUUCUGCCAUAAAAAAAUAUGGAGAUAUUCAAACCGUCUCUGCAAUAAACUUAUCGUAUGAUGUAAUAAAAUAUGGUUUGAGUUAAUGAUGAUGACAAAGAAACCGUCCAGAGAUGGCGUUGAUGUAUAUUUCUACAUAAAUCAAAUAUUGGACUAACGGGUAAUUUACUGUAUUUAUUUAAAGUGUGGAUUGAAGGAGUGAAGAAGAGUAAUUUAAAAAUAGAUAACAUAUAUAUAUAUGUAUACAUAUGUUUAUAUUUCUAUUCAGUAAUUCGGUAGUUCGGUCCAAAGCUUAAAUUUUAAAUACUGUUUUAAUAUCUGGUUACCGUUGUCUGUUAGUUGAAUAAGAAACAAGGCAUCACGUCAUGUCUUAACAAACCGUGUUAAACGUUGCUAUAGUAUAUGAAUGGGCGAUCACAUGGCUAAAGUAAAUACGAAAUACCUAUAGUUACGUACCUUUCUAGUUCUGUAAUGAUAGUCUUCGAAAUUUAACUAUAUUAAGAAUAUCAGGCUAAAACAAUUGUAAACUUAUACCUGAAAGCUGAAGAAAAUAUAAUUGUAUAACCUAUAAGUCCAAUAUUAAAUGUAUGAAACUAUAGUAUAUAGAAUAUUAAAUAUAAUUCAGGAAAACGAUUAGACAUAGGUAGUACAUAUAUAUUUUAUAACAGAAGUUGAUCAUUUAACAUAAACAUAAUGUUAGAGAUAUUACGAACUGUGCGAUUUUUUUUCGAACCGAACAAUUGAGUAUAUGGUUUUAUUCAAAAAUCAUUUGAUGUCUAUUUUCUAUUCAGCUGGGCUGGGAAGGUAGGGCUCGUUUCGAAAACCAUAAAUACAGAAAAAGAUUGCUUGUUUGUUUUAUCACAUUUUUGAAUUUUUUGAUAUUCGAUUUGAGUUUAAUAAUCUAUUUGUAAUAUUCAAUUUGGAUCAGGUUCGAAUAAAAAUGUUUAGGUUCGGUUCGGUUCAGAUUCGUUAAUUUCAAGAAAAAAUCAGUUCAAGUUCGAUUUGAUCUUAAAAAUCAGUGUUUGUCACAUCACUACAUAAUAUAAAUAAAGGGAGGGGCUCGAAAUGUUUAAAACUAUAUGAAGAAGUGAGUUAGCAGCACAAUUACCUACAUGAUUAAUCAUUUUAGCUGAUAUCUGACAAUGUAUUAUUUAUAAUCUAGAGAAAUCUAUAACAUACUAUCAUGCAGGAUUUUGUUAUAGCUCCAACAUAGGUAUCUACUAUUUAAUUGGAGUAAAAUAAUCAUAAAAAUAGGCUUUAUAUUGACAACCUGUAGGUAUUUUAAAAAAUUCACAUAUGUGUCGAAUAUAAUAAUAUAUUAUAUCAAUUUAACAUGUAAUCAUUUUUAGAAACACUGGGAAUAAACAAAAAUAUUUUAUAUUUAAAUUAUAUAUUCUUCUGCAGUCAUUUUUUGAAUUUGAAAAAUCGACUCGUUGCAAUCUAAAACCAUAUUUAAGUCUUCACUGAGCAAUAUAAUAUACUUAAAGAUCCCUAUAGUAUACUAACCUGUACCGAGGUGAACGCGAACUCGAGUGGCCAAUGUCCCACUUUUUUUUGUUAAUUUAAUAAUAAAUUAUUGUCGGAUAUUUUCCACACACGAAACAUAUAAGUAUAAUAUGUUACAGCAUAUAUCUACUACAAAGUAGAGGGCGACAUAAUUUAAAAAUAGUAUUAUAAGAUUUUAGAUUUUAUAUUUAGGUAUAUUAUAAAUAUUCUAAAAUAAACUCGUCUAUAACGCCCGCCAUCAUGACGUUUAUUAAAUACCUAACGAUUUAUCGUAUAGAAUAGCUUAGUUUUAAUAAUAGUAUAAUAUUAUAAGAAAGAGAUAUGAAAUAGAUAAAAUAAAAAGACCAACAUACUUCGCACAAUGGGUGGGCCACUGUUGUAGAUGAGCAGUUGGGAAAGUAAGAUAUAGAGAGUAAUUAAUUUUAUAUCUGUAUACGCAACGAUAAAUCAUUGCUAACGAAAUACGAUUCGGAAUGAAGUUUCUUUUAUGUAUGUACGUACAUUUUCCUGUUUUUCAAAAUUAUUAUGAAAAUUGCUUGGAAAAUCAAAAAGUGACUUCUUGAAGAAGUGCCCAGACAAAAUUUCCUUUCAGAAAUGGUACUACACUUGAAAAUUGAAGCAAUAUUGCUGGUAGAAAUGUUGUUUAAAGAUAAAACAAAAUUAAACAUCAUUGUAAAACCAAUAUAGUCCUCUUUGGGUUCCGAUUCUAAAAUAAAGAGUAACGCAUGAUGCAUAGGCAGAGAUUUGAAGUCUUUUACUCGAGAGUGGGGAGUGCAAUCUUCUCUAACCUAACCUAAUCUUAGAAUAAUCCAAAUAUAAUAUUCAUUGAGAUUGGAUUAUUGUAUAAAAUACCAAAGGAAUUGUAUAGACAAUUAUUUAAAAAUUGUAGGGAGGCUUUAGAUGAUUUGAGAGGACACUAAGUCCUUUUUUAAAAGCCUCAACCUUCACCUAUAUGGAAUGACGUAUCCAAAGCUUGAAGGCCAUAAUAUUUGUUUUCGAUUAAAAUUUAAAUACUUUCAAACUGCACAUUUCCUUUUAUAAACUUAAUAUCGUGUAUUAUGUACAUUUAAAGCGCCUAACAUUUACCUAUGAAAUUACAAUACUGUUCGAAUAUUACUAUUAAAAUACUUCCAACCUUCAAAAACAUAGAAAAGUUACUAAGUUAUAGUAUAAUAUAACGUUCACAUCAUAAAUACUUCUAAUAAGAAAUUGUUGUAUGUAAUUUAGUAUUUAACAGAAUUUAAAUGACGCAUGUAAUAUACAUUAUUUUAAUCUAAUCGGGAAUAAUUAUUUAGCUAAUGUAAAUAUUAUUGUAUUCUAUUGUGAAAUUAAGACACAUUUUUUAACAUGUUCCUGGGAAGUUAAUAGUCAAAUAUUACGUAAAAAUUAUAAAAAUUCGAAAUCGUACCAUUUAGAUUGGUUAUUUUGAAAUUGUUAAUUACUUUAAUUUAAAUUUAGAACACAAUUUAUUCAUUUCAGAGACUACAUUUUAGUUAGCCAUGCAUAGAAAAAAAAAAAAAUACAUUACAUACAUUUUUUAAAACGCUUCACAUGUUAUACAUUUUUACUCUGUCCAUAAUAAUAUAAGGGCUGAAACUAGGAAUGGGUGUGUCACUGUUAUAGACAGGAUAAGUUAGGAAGGUAGAAUAUAUAAAGUUAAUCAAUUUAUAUCUGUACCCAAUGACAAAUUAUUGUUACGAAAUACGAUUCUGAGCAAAGUUCAGUUAUACAUAUAUUUUGAAAUGUCAAAAUUUUUACGAUUUUCAUCAAAAAGCUUAUAUAAAAACUACCUACUACGUAAGGUUCAACUUUUUUUUUUUGAUCACUAAAUAAAACUUAUAAUGAACCUUGUAUUAAAUGUUCAUACAAUUUUGUUUGACUGAACAAUUUUUUCCCAACUAAACCAAAUAAAAAAAUAACAUUCAAAAAUUGCAAAUGCUUAGAUUAGAUCAAAAAUCAAAAAUUAAAUAUUUCGAAAAAUUUGACAUAUAGACGUAUAGAAAAAGAAAAUUUAAGGUUUAUGUCCAAAUUUUAAUUAUAUACGAAUAUUCUUAACUGAAUUAUAACAAAAAGACAAAAUUGAAAAUAAAGAAAAGCAUUUAUUCCCCAGUUUUCCCCAACUAUUAUUAAAACUGCUAAGAAAAAAAAAAAAACAAACUCUAAUGUACCAAGUAGAUAAAAUUUUCUUUUAGAAAAAUUACUACUCCAGAAAAUUGAAGCAAGAUUUCUAGUAGAAAUUUUGUACUCUGUAUAAAAAAUAAAAAAUAUAAAUAUCACUGUAUAACUAACGUCCAAUACAUUCCUCGCUUCACUCAGAAUCAAAAAAAUUGAAAAUAAUAAAUAAGACAGUAUUAUGAUUCAACAUAAUUGUAGGUAUCUAAAUAAACAUUGCAAAAAUAAAAUUCUAAAUUGUUAAUCACGCUUGUAAAAUUGAGAAGGCAAAUGUGUCCAAUUAUUUUUAUUCCUCUUUUAAACCUUAGUUUAUCCUCAAGAGAUAAAUGGAACUCAGCUUUCAACCCCGGUAUAAUAUUAUAUUGCAAUAUUUUUUUUAUUCUCUCUCGUUGUGCAUUUAACUAUAUAAAUUAUACAUUAUGAAUUUGUUCAGUAACGUGACUCUUAUUUUAACUUUGAAUUGUGAAACUGCACAAUACUACUGAGACUACUUCCGUAUUAUUUCCCCUUAUCUUCCAAUAUAACAAUUAUAUCUGGGUGAUAGCUAUACAAUUAUGGAUUUUUCUUGUACAAAGAAUUUUAAUCUUAUUCUUAGGUAGGCACUUAGAAUAUAAACGUAAAUUGCUCAUAUUAUAUCAUACUCAAAAUAGAUUUACAAGUCAACACUAUCUUAUUGAAUUUGUUCAGCAUCUUUUUGGCCAGGUUGGUCACGUAAGUCGUGACCUAUUUUGGUCGUUUACUCAAAGAGCAGGCCAUUUCAUUUUGGCAUAUAAUACACUAUGUAGUGUAUUAUGAACUAGCUAUAACUGUGUUUUUCCCUUUUUCUCUAGGUCCCCCAGAGCUCUCUAUAGCAAAAUAUGUCCUUGGGUCACCCACGCGUAUCCAAAGUAUGAUCGGACUGAAAUAGCACUAAAAAUGUCUUCUCAUACACUAAUAUGUAUGCCAAGAAUUCGAAAAAUCAAAAAAAUAUGUACAGGUGAUUUUUUUACCAGCAUGCCAACAAUAAUUAUUUAUUAUUUUUUAAUAUUGAACUGCUAGCGGUGGCCAAUAAUCUCAUAAGAACGUUUAGAUUGACGUAUAUUUUCGUAAUACAAUAUGUAUAAUGCAGAAUAUAUUGUUGUGCAAUUCAUCAUUGUACACCCAUCAUCUAAUCUAAAAUAUUUAUAUUCAUUAAAAAAUGUUUUAUUUAUUUCAAUAGGGUCUGGGUAUUGAUUUCAUAUUUAAACUUGCUUCCUAUUCUAAAUAAUAUUUAUUAUACGUAUAACCUGCAAUACUUUUAAGAGUUAAUAUAGUAACCGUAGCAAGUAUCUAUACAUAAACAAAAACCUGAUAAAAAUGUAAAAUGUUAAAAACAUUACAAAUAUAAUUCUACAAUGAUCGAAAAAAAUCAAAAUUAUAAUAUAGGUAUAUAAUUAAGUUUGAUAAAUAGUUAGAUAAUAUAUUUAAAUCGAAUAUAAUAUUUAGACUAUUUUAGUAAUUAAAUAUGAAUAUUUUAAUAAUAUUAAAUGAAAUAAAUUUGCUUUCAAAAUAUUACUCUUAUUUGUAAUUUUGAUAAUUUUUGUCGUCGGUUUCAUCACUGAAAAUAGUAUUGUUAACAAUUGGUGGAAAGACAAUAUUAAUUAUUAAAGUCUAAAUUUAAUCGAGAAAAUUUAAAGAUUAACAAAAUUAAUUUGUAUAAAUAUUUUAGUUCUACUUUUUCGACGGUUUACGCAUAAAUAAGACAGUAUAUACGAGUAUGGCAUGGAGUAUGGAGUAUAUAUAUAUAAUGUACUUAAGUUAGAUCAAAACAAAUGAAUUACUUGUAUGUAUGUUAAUUAAAAGUUUAAAAUUUAAAUUUAGAAAGUUUUAAAAUAAUAUUUGAAUGUACCAAAUGAAUGCUUUUAUUAUUUAUACAUUUUGUUAUUUGUUGUAAUUUAUUUAAAAUUAUUCGUAGAUACUUAAAAUUUGAACAGAAAAUUUAUGUUUGCCUUUUCUAGACGUGGUCAAAUUUUCAAAAUAUUUAAGCUAUUUUUAAGUUAUUUAUAGAUAUUUUAAUUUUGAGAGCUUUGUACAUAUGUUGUAUUCAGUAGGUACUCUGUGAUAAAUUUGUUAGACUUAACAGAAAUGCGUGAAAAUUUAACAGGAGGUUCAUUAAAAGCCUUACUUUAUGGUAAAAAAACAAUUGAGUUUAAUGUAGUACUCUUUUUUAUAGGGGAAUUUUUAUCAAAUUUCGACGAGUUGUUGAAUAAAAAAUUAUGUUGAACGAAUCUAAUUUUUCAAGCGGUUUUUAUAAUAUCUGAGAAAAAUCGUGAAAAACGGGAAAAUGUACGAAAUAUUUUAGUAAAAUAUUACGAAUUUAUUUUUCUGUAGACAACUUUUCUACCAGCAAUUUUGCUCCGAUUGACGAUGAUAGCAUUUUUUCAAAAAGGAAAUCUAACUGGGAAGGUACUUCAAAGAGGUAAUUUUUUCGAUUUUCCCAAGAGUUAUCCCAAAAAAUGUAAAAUACCGGAAAAAAUACGGGAAAACCAGGAACUACGAGAAAUCGAUACAAUAUUAANUAAAUUACUUAUAAAGUACCUAUGUAUCAUAUAUAGCUUAUUUUCAGAAAGACAAUUUUAUCUCCAUGGAUUAGGGAGGUCAUUUUUGUGAUUUUGCAAUUGGUUUUCAUAAUUACUGGGAAAAACCGGGAUAAAAUGUUUGAAAACAGAAAACGUACGAAUCGUAGGUAUUAGUAAAAUAAUAUUAUGGCCUUUUUUUCAGUGUACAACUUUUCUACCAGCAAAUUGCUCUGAUUUACAAUAAUAGUACUUUUUCUGAAAAUAAAUCAGACUGAAAAGAUAUUUUAGGGAUGCCAUGUUUCGAUUUUACCAAGAGUUUUCUUAACAAAUGUGAUAAUGUAGGAAAAAACAUAGGAAAACAGGGAAAAACAAUACAAUAUUAAACAAAUAUUAUUAAAGAAGAUAUAUAAUACCUAUUUAAUUAUUUUACCAUAAUAUGACAUAUAUAUUAUAUAUUGUUCACAAAGCAUCACUAUCAACUGAACUGCGCUCAGAAUCGUUUUUUCGUUAGCAAUAGUUUAUCGUUGCUUACAGAUAUACAUUAAAUUACCUAUAACAGUGGCUGCACCCGUCUCCAUUAUCCUAGGACGUUUUUUUUUGUUACUGUUUUUAUUGGCAAAAGUACCUAUAUGAACAUAAAUGUAAGUUUAAUAAUUUCGUAUUUAUGUGUAUUUUUUAUCCCGAAAUUGUACUAUUGCAGUGGACGAAGGGGAUACUAUAGUCUUACGUAGGAGUAGCUUAAAGGGCGGAGCAAAUGUGCCGUGUGCAACGCUAUAGUAGGGAUAAAAGCAGUACUACUCUUUGGUGUAAGUUCGAGAACAUUUACAAAACCGAAGCCGAACACGCCAGUAGAUACUUCCUCCAUUUUACUAAGGUGAGUACAUACAGAUUUUAAUAUAUUAUACUUUUUAUAUUAUAUUAUAGGUAGGAAUGUAUUGUUUUAAUAAAUUAUUAUAUAAUUAUUAUCCGUAUAACAUAAUAAUGUAAGUGGUCUAAUAAUUAAUUUUUUUUUUUUUAAAUAAAGGUAAUAUAAUUUUUUUCGAUCUAAUUUGUAUUUUUACUCGCGAAAUAUUUUUUUUAUAGUAAUUGUUAAUAUUUCUUUGUAAUUAUAUACAAAAUAGAAGAUCAACAAUAACGUUAUUACGGAUCAUAUUAAUCUCGCAUGGAUUUUUCAGUUUAACAUUUUAUUACGAUAAAUUAUUUCUUUAUUGAUUUGAGUUAUAAAUAUAGAUAUAAUUUUUUUUAAUUUUAUUAUAAUGCGAUAUUAAGUAACUAACUAGAUAUGUUAAUUUUUAAGGUCGAACCGAUCCGAACUGAACUUUCAUUAAAAUUAACGAACCCGAACCAAACCGAACUUUUAAAAUAUUUUAUCGAACUUGAACUUAAACAUUAAAAAGUAAAAAGGUUAGGUUAGGCUAUGUCAUAAACCUAGGUUUUCAAAUUACUCGGUUCCGUAAUGUACAAUUUGAGACCCAAUAAUCCGACAAAAAUAUAAUUUUUCUUUUUCGUAACAAGGCCGCUCUAUCCCACCGUAGAACAUCGUAUUGGUGACCGCGCAGAUUCGGCAUCGUAUGAUUUUCCAACCGAACUAUUGGGUAUUAGGUUCGAUUCGAUUUGAUUAUUUGCAAUUGUUUGCAAAUAAUCGAAUUUUGGCAAACGAAAAUCGAACAGUUCGUCACAUCUUUACAAUUAACCAACACUUCUUAAGCAUAGCACAGAAACCUAAUAUUACAACUAUUUAAGCAUAAGAAUCUCAUUAGACUAUUAAUAUAUUUAUCAUACAUUUUUAUUUUUUUUAGAAGUAUAAAGUAAGUAAGUUAGUAAAUAUCCUAAAUUCCUGAAUUUACCCACAUUAGGUAUGUAGAUAUUAAAUUUAAAUAGUUGAAUUUGUUCAUACGUAAUUUAUGGCUAUAAUAAUGUUAAAAUAUUGAAAUAACUAAAAAUCCACUUAUACCCAACUAUAAUAUUUAAACAUCAAUUAAUUUUAAAAUGUACCUAUUAAUUUUAAAGAUUAAAAUGCCGAAAUGCUUCGGUGAACAACAGUUUUGCAACAGAAGUUUCGAAAAACAGACUAUAGAUAUACUACUAUGUUGUAUCUUUUUCAUUUUUUGUAUAAUCAUAACAUUUUUAACGGUAUUCAAGUCUUAUUCGUUAUAAAUUAUAAUAGAACUAUGUUUAAAUCUGUUACACAUUUCACUAGGAACGUGGUUUGGUACACUACAUUAUAAACGUCCCCGUUAUUGUUUUAUUUAAAUUAUUAAGAGUAAAUACAUUUAACACGAUGUUAUGACGUGUUUACGUUUCCAGUGUUUAUAACACGGACGGAUAGUUUGAACUCCGUUUGUAUGUAAAAUAAAUGUCAUUAACAUUAUAAACUCGUUCUAUAUAGUUCCGCGAUUAGUUUGCCAAAAUACAAUCAUCGUGUUUAUAAAAAUACUGGGAACAGAGAUCAUAUACAUUUUUUGUGAGCUAUACAUUUUUUUGUCUCCAUACUUGAAUUUGAUAGGUAGGGUAGGUAUGUAUGAUAAUAUUAACUAUGUCAUUGAAUCCCUUACAUUCGACCGAAAAACUGUAUAUCAAUCCCUAAUAAUGUGCAUACAAUUAUUAUAAUUAUUGAAUUUAGUCGGUAAAAUAUAGUCGCGAAUUGGUCGAGAAAAAAUAAACCUGUUCAUAUUAUAAACGCUGUUUGUAUAGAUUGUAGGUACAUAUUAUGUCCCUGUCCUUAAUAAGUCAUCAGAACUUCAGUAUACUUAUAGCCUAUAGGUACCAUACAGGCAAUAUGUUAUAUUAAGUAAUGCUCGUAUAAUGAAUAAUGACUAGUUUCAUUUUUUCACAACCGUAUGUGUGAGUCAUUUAUUUUUUUUUGUCCAACAAUAAAAUAUGCCCAUAUAUAAUAUAAAUAGGUAAUGAACACAUAUUUAGAGGCCAUAUUGAAUACACUCUUAGGUAUUAUCUUCCAUAUUAGUAAAUGCUGUAGUUUUAACUUUCAACGAACCGCAACUCUUAUUUCUUUAUGGGCAGACUAAAUAAAUAGUAGCGGUACCGUAUUUAUAUAAUAUUUUGUUUGAAUAUAAUGAUAUAUUCUAUUAUUUUUAUUGCAAUGAUUUAUACACUAAAUCGGAUUUACUAUACAGAACAUUCCUUACUAGCCAAGCGCCAAUACCUGGAUUCACGCCCAAUUUUUCUUUAUAAAUAUUUAUUUAACUUAUAGAUAUUUUUGACGGCUUCGAUUAACAUAUAACAGAAAUAGUUUUAAUUUACUAUGAAAUUGAAUUGUUAAAAAAGUAAAUUUACUUGUAUUAGAUAUUAAUUAAGAUUCUAAGAAUGUAUAAUAUUAAUUUAUUUUUGUAAUAUUACAUAAUAUGAAAUACUGCAGGAUAUUAUUCUUUUUUUAGAUUUUUCUUUAUUUUUAUAACUCUUAUACGUUUUGUUUUUAUCAACAAUUUAUGGUUUUAGUUUUUUUUUCUUAGAUCUAACAUAAAUAUAUUUAAUAGGUCAUAGUAUCCAGUAUCCAGGAAUGAAUAAUGGCUCAUAGCCAAUCAAAUAUGUCAAGUAUAGCCAAAUGCUAUAAAUAUAAUAGCGACACAAAUACAAUACGUAUAUACUGCUUUCAUACUUCAAUUGUUUUUUUUCUCGAUCUCCUUAAUCGAUUGGUAAACGACUGAUCUACAUUAAGCUGUCAUCUAAAAAUCUCUAUAUACCUACUUAAAAGUAUUGUAAAAGCGUGUACACCAUGUUAUGAAUAAUACAAUUUGGUAAUAAUUAACGAAAAUUGAAAAAUGUAGUAUUCUAAUAUUUUUAUUGAACCCCGUAAUGCAAUUUUAAAAUAUUCCUUUGAUAUAUUUACAGAAAUAAAUUAUUUUAUCUUUCUGCUUAAGUGUGUAUACAUAUGGUAUUAUUUACAUGGUAUUAUUAUUAAGCAGUUUAAGUUUUCUACCAAAAAUAAUAUUAUAAAUUGUAUAAUAUUAAUUAUUGUUAUCAUUUAAGUUUUUCAUCUCACAUUUUCAAUUUGUUUUUACCUAUAUGUAUACUCGAUUGAAAAAUGUUUUCUCAAUUUAUUUUUAGUUUUGUUUGUAAAGUCGUCUAAAUCAAUAUUGUAAAAUGCCUUUCGUCGCAAUUGAACACCCUAAAUGCCCAAAAUGCUCGAAAUCAGUGUACGCCGCCGAAGAGCGGAUUGCCGGAGGAUACAAGUAUCACAAAAUGUGCUUCAAAUGUGGUAAAUAUAGAUUAAUUAGAAGAAAACAUAAACUAUUGUAAAUAAUUACGAUGACAUUUUUAGAGAUGUGCAGCAAGUUUUUGGACUCCACAAACUGCGCGGAACAUGACAAAGAAUUGUACUGUAAGAAUUGUCAUGGAAGGAAAUACGGCCCAAAGGGAUACGGUUUUGGCGGUGGAGCUGGAUGUUUGAGCACAGACACCGGCGAUCAUCUCGCCAGCAACGUGUAAGAAAUUAAUAACUUUUUAAUCAGUUAAUAAUUCUUAAUAACGGGUUAAUAUUCUUACUAACUAUUAUAAUAGUUUCCGAAAAGAUCGGUAAUUUUUUUUUAAAACAAGUUCACUCCAGAAUUCUUGCUUCAUUAAAAUCGACAAGAAGAUCUUUUUAAAGAAUUUUGUUUAGUAGUGCAUUAGGAAGCCGUUUUUUUUAUUUUACUUCUAGUUUUCUUAAUAACUGGGGAUAAACUUAGGAAAAUGGGAAAGUUUACGUAGUUAAAGGUUUCAUAAUUUUUUAAACCUAAAAUUGGCCUUUUCUAGACGUAGUAAGAUUUUCAAUACAUUCUAGUAGUUUUUAAUACAUAUUUGUAAUAUAAAUAUGUAUUUUACCUUAUCUAGUUUUGUUUACUUUUAUUUUAAUUUUAUGUGGAUAAGUAUAAUUGUUUUGACUUAUUAGAAAUGGUAGACAAUUGUAUAAGGGGUUCAUCCUAAGUUAUAUUUAAUGUUCAAAACUAAAAAUUUUGCUUUAUGAAGUAGUUUUUUAUAAGCGUUUUAAGUUAAAAUUUUGAUAAAAAUUGUAAAAAUUACUGCCGCAUUUCAAAACAAGUAUAACAGAACUUCGCUUAGAAUCUUAUUUCAUUAGCAAUAUUUUAGGAUUUAGUAUUGUUUCCAACUUUACCAACUUCUCAUCUAAAACAGUGCUGCAUCUAUCAGCAAAAUCGGCUAUUUUUUUUCAUGUUUCAAUUGAAAAACUUUUUGGAUUCGUUCUUAAAAUAUCCCGGUUAACGCUAACCGGCGGUUAAAUUUACUGCAUAUUACUUUUAAUAUAUUACACAUUGGUAUAAUAUCGUAAUUUUGACUACAAUUUUGGUAUUUCUUAAUUUCAUUGAUUUUUGUCAUGAAUUAUUAUUGUGUAUUAGAUCAGUUAAUGAACUGUUGUUAAAUUGAUUACCUCUAUAUGUAUAGAUACAUACAUUUUUAAUUAUCCUCUAUAAUAUUAAAUGUUAUUAAUUGUAUAACAUGAUGUCCCUAUUACACAAGCACGAUUCCAAAUUCAAUUUAAUAAUGAAGUGUGUUUUUUUUAACAGCCAUUAAUGAAGAACCAAUCCAAUUAAAUACCUGACCACCUGAAGGACCUAUCCAUCAACCCAUAUAUUAUUUAUUUUUGCAUGCAAGAGUAAAACCUUUUUAAUAUUUGCUUAUACAUACAAAUUCACCUCUCAUUUCUGUUCGUUUUAGAUUAUAUAUAUAUAUAUAUAUAUAUCUAAAAUAUAUAUGUAUAUAUGAAAUAAUAUACCAAUACCUAUUUAAUAAUUAUACGAUAAGAAUCCAAGCUUGUACUUAUUUAUCACACAUACACACUAGUUGUAUGUACUGAACAAGCAUUAUAUAAUAUGUAUAGAAAUGUUUUGUUAAUUUUCCAUUAAAUUAAUAAUAUUAUUUUCAACAAACGUUUUUAUUUUAUUGUUUUCCAUUUAUUUGGCAUCUUAAGCGAUGCUUUCGGCUAAUAAUAUUUAUUUUAUCCAAAUUCGUACAGAAUAUAUUACAAUUAUAUAUAAAUAUAUUCAGAGUGAUAAAUUUAUCGUAAGACACUCAUUAUCUCAUAAAGUAUUAACUUUUUUUGAUAUUUGUUUUCUAGAAAUUUCAAAAAAUAUUAAUGCUUAAUUCCGAGAUAAUGAGUGUCUUACAAUAUAUUGAUCACCCUGUUUCUAUACAAUAACAAAACAUUUUACUUGGGAAAAUUCAGGCAUUAUGUACAUACUUAAUUAUUUAUUUUAUUUUUUAUCGAAACAAAACUAUUCAAUUUAAAAUUAAUGUUGAUAUUCUUAGUACACGUUUAAAAAUAUGUAUCGUCACUAUAAUAAUAUACGAUUUAAAAUUGCAUCACGCCUAAAGCACGCUUAAGAUACCUACCAAUAUAUUAUUACCGCCUAUUCGCGUAUUAAGUUUUUACUUAAAACUAUGAAAUUAAACAUGACAAAUAAUAUUACUAUACAAAAUACUAGCGUCUAAGCAUAAUAUUACAAAAUAUAUUGAUGCGAUGAAUCGAGAGUACACGGAAUGUUAUUGUUUCUCUUCUAGAGUCCGAAUGGCUUUAAAUGGUGAGAUUCAAUAUUUUUAAUAGUACCUAUCAUAAUAUAUAUUUGCUCAAAUUAGGUCUAAUACAUAUAUAUACACACUUAUGCUUUGAUUUUUUUGCUUUUACUAAUGUACACAUACCUCAUUAUAUAAUAAAUUACCUAUAUUUUCUUUGUAACUAUGCGUAUUAUUAUUCUUGUUGUACACUUUCGCUUAAUAGUUUAUAUUAUUUAACAAAAUUACAUAUUAAUAACAAAAAUACGGAGAGGUGAACUUAUAUGGUUUGUAAAUAUUUUUGUACCUAAAUGGCUCAAACAGCCAUUAAUAUUAUUGUUUUAUACUUAAUAAUAUGUUUUACUUCAGCAAGCUGCACUUUUGGAUUGGAGUCGUUAUUGAUGGUUAUGAACAUCUGUUUUAUUCAUCAUUGCAUUUCGCAUUAUAAUUUUUCACUUUACUUGAAAGAUACCUAUAUACCUAUACUUAAUUAAUAACUUCAAAGUUUGAUACUACCUAAGCAUGUUUUUGAACUUUACUAUAAUAUUUUUGUAUACUAUUUUCAAUUAGAUAAUAUAUAUUAUGUCUGUGUUAUCAAAUUAAGUGACGUCAUAUAUCUUUAUUUAUAAUAUUAUGUUUUUACAAUAGUUUAGUACACAUUGCCUUUGUUUAUUUUUUUGUAUUCGUUUUUUCCUAAAAAAAUUAAUACGAAUUAAAUAAACAUGUUUUAAAUCUAUUUUAGUAGUGCACAAAACCAAAACAACUACUCAAUUUUUAAUUUAAAAAUAUCAUUUAUAAUGCUUCAAUGCAUUCUUUUAGAAUUUUAAUAUAUAUAUAUAUAUAUAUAUAUUAUGCAAAUAUUACUAUACUAUACGCAUAAUUGUUAUAAUAAUAAUGCCUAUCUAUACUAUAUUACUGAUACAAAACAUAAACUAAAAUACUAAAAUACUAAUAUAAUUACUUUAUAUUAUUAUUACUAUUAUCUACACAUUUACGUUUAAUUUACAAUAAUUAACAUUUUUUCAAUACCUAUUACUUAAAAAAAGAAGUAUUCUGCAAUUAAGUUAACGUAAUAAAAUUAAAUUUUAGAUCGUACUUCCAUAAACCUCAAGGUACUGUGGAAUCUCGAGCCAAGGCACCCGAAGGCGAAGGAUGUCCACGUUGUGGUGGAUUUGUGUACAUGGCCGAGCAAAUGCUAGCUAAAGGAAGAGUGAGUACUAUUUGAAUCGAUUAUAACCACUUUGUCGAUUGUACGACCCAUUAGAUCUAUAUAUAGGAUGUGUCACUCGAUCAAUAUGGUAUUCUAGGCAUACCACCAAGACUGUUUCAAUUGUGUUUCGUGUCACAGGACUUUGAACUCAGUGUUGCAUUGCGACGGACCUGAUAAUCAAGUGUACUGUAGAGGUGAAUGAGAUAUUUAUGAUGAAUAUUUACAGUGAUGUUAAUGAAUAAAUCCCGAUUUGGUUGAAAAAUUAAGUUCCAUUUUCAACCCCAUUAUUCUAUAAUCAAAUUCAGAAAUUUGUUUUAUUUUUUCCCUAUCUAACAUAAAGCACAUUGAAAAUAGUUGUUUGAUAGAUUCAAGAAUGGUAAAAUUAUGUGAUAAGUUUGGAAAUUUAAACGCUGUGUAUUAUACUAUCAUUUUUUUUUAUUUUUAUCUAACUAUUUUAAGAACCUAUUGCAUGAUUUGUAUGUAUCCAUUUUUAGUCCUGGCAUAAAGAGUGUUUCAAAUGUGCUACUUGUGCGAAAGGUUUGGAUUCAGUAAAUUGCUGCGGAGGUUCUGAUAAAGAAAUUUACUGUAAAGGUAUGUAUACCUAUUGGUGUAAUUUAUUAUUUGCAUGAUUUCAUUUUUAACACGAUUCGUUUCGAAAUCAGUAUGCUAUGGCAAGAAAUUUGGACCUAAGGGUUAUGGUUAUGGACAAGGAGCUGGAGCCCUUCAAAGCGAUCCCGCUUAUAACGGGUACGUAUAAUAAUUGUUUAGUCAUUUAUAAAUCAAAACUUCGUGCAUUUAAGUUAGAUACAUAGAAUACUAAUAAUUUAAAUAGUAUAGGUGUAAUAUUAUAACAUUUCAAAUUGUACAAUGUUUGAACUUUUAGUUUUUUGGUGGUGGAAAAAAUUAAUGUAUACAUAGUCUCCACCAUUUGAGAAAAGUCUGAACCCCGUUUUGAAUAUGUAAUUUAUUCAAUUAAAAUUAUUUUAAACAUUUAUGUAGAUUAUAAUACAUACAGAUUAAAUUGAUUGUUAUUGAUUUUUUUUUUUUUUAAAGAAGUUUCAUUUUUUAAGCGUGAUAUUUAUCUGUAAUAAAUUUUUAUAUUUAAUUCACAAAAAUAACAAUACUAGGUCCUUAAUCAUCCAGAGCCGCCCCUCCCCCUCAAAAAAAAAUCAAAUAAAUGUUCCUGCUAGAUAGUUAAGUAAUUAUAGUUGUGUUUUUAUGCUAUUAGGUUUCCAAGCUGCAGCUAAAUAUAGGUACUAAGUUCGAUAAAGGCAAGGUACCUUUAUGAUAAAGACUUUAUCGCACGAAAAAACUGAUUAGUGAUAGAUUGCUAGAUUAGUUGAAGCAAAUUACUCGAAGGAAGUAAUUCUCAUCAUUAAUUAAGGAUGAGUUUUCUACAAUAUUUGCUGAAAAAAUAUUUACCUGCAAUAUUUUCAAAUAGACUAAGUUUUUUUGCGCAUGCUAAUUUAUGGAAUUUGUAUUUAUUGUUUUUAUAAUGCAUGAAAUAUUUCUCCUACGCUCUCUAUAGAAUAUUAUGAUUCUUUUUUAUUCUGAUUUAAUAAUAUGAAAUAAUAAAAUACGGCCAAAUUUCGCAUUAUAUACUUACAGUGUUUUUUCCAUAUAGUUUGUUAUUCAAAGCGCUUCGGUCCCAGAGGUAUAGGUCACUGUGGUGCUGGAGGUCAGUCAAUUGGUUUAACAUGCGAUUUAAACGACGAAACCGAAAGGUAUUUAAAGAUACCCAAAGGUUUUAAUAAUUAUACCUACUUCUAUUAUUUGCAUAGCAUGCAUUUAUCCAUUUAUCUAUUAAUUCGUAAACAUAUAUAUUAUAAAACUCUGUUCUUAUUUUAUCAUUCGUUAUAGACAUAAUAUAUUUAUUUCAAAUAAAAUAAUUCAAUGCACGAUUAUAUACCUUAUAAACCAUUUUAUUUUGUAUUCACGUAUUUUAAGUGACGUGAAUGGAAAUUAUUGUUUGUUUAGGGAUGUCAGUACAUCUCGUGCUCCUGUCACCGAUACAACUUCCAUAAAGGCCAAACCAGGACAAGGGUGUCCCCGUUGUGGUGGUAAAGUAUUUGCUGCCGAACAAAUGUUAGCCAAAGGAAGCGUAAGUAACAAUUGUAUAACAUAGUUUAUUGAUAAUAUUUUGAAUUUUAAUGAAUUAUUUUAUUAUAUUCGUUGCGUUCAAUACUUACUUAAUUUAAACGAUUACCUACUUCAAUGUUUAAUACAAUAUGCUAAAUCGUUCUUGUAUUUCUAAAGGAAUGGCAUAGAAAAUGUUUUAAAUGCAAGGAUUGUAACAAAACAUUGGAUUCAAUUAUUGCUUGUGAUGGUCCGGAUCACGAUGUGUAUUGUAAAACUUGUUAUGGUAAAAAAUGGGGACCCCACGGAUAUGGAUUUGCUUGUGGAUCAGGAUUUCUUCAGACAGACGGCUUAACGUUAGUAACAUUUCUUUAUUAGGUUAUAAAAUUGUAUUUAAUUGUAACCAUAUAGUAUUAUAAUACUUUGUUUACAGAGAUGAUCAAAUAUCAGCUACGCGACCAUUCUAUAAUCCAGAUACCACGUCUAUUAAAGCGGCCGAAGGAGAAGGAUGUCCGAGAUGUGGAGGAAAAGUAUUUGCUGCUGAACAACAAUUGGCUAAAGGAACAGUAAGUUUCUCUAAUGAUAAAACGGUAUACUUUUUUUCUAUUAUAAGUUUAGAACAAUAUUUUAUAGUACACAAUAUACCUUCAUGUGCCUUUUUUUUACAAUUUUAGUGUAUUGCGCACGUGUUUAAAAUUCUAUUAUUUAUAGAUGUGGCACAAAAAGUGCUUCAGUUGUGCUACUUGUCAUCGGCCAUUAGACUCUACGUUAGCUUGUGAUGGACCCGAUAAAGAAAUUUACUGCAAGUCAUGUUAUGGAAAAUAUUUUGGACCGAAAGGAUUUGGAUACGGACACUCUCCGACUUUGGUUUCUACCAAAGGAGAAUCUACAAUUUUAUUGUGAGUAUACUUUUAUAAAACUAUUAAAUAAUCAUUAGUGUGGUUGAGUAUGGUGGACUAUGUUGUAUAGUUCGGAGUUUUAGGAGGUAGACAGAAAAAUAGAUCAAAGAAUAAGUGUAACAAAGAUAAUAAUAGUGGUUGGAUGCGGUUGAGAAUAUGAGGAUAGCCAGUAUGUGAGGUGGUAGAUCGAGUCAAAUAGAAGUUUAGAACGAGAGUAGCUGGCCUCAAAAAGUUAGGAUAAAAGCGAAAGAGAAGAAGAUAAAUAAUAGUUAAUAAUGAUUAAACUAAAUAUGGUACAUUGUUUUGGCUCUAAUAAUGUACUAUUAUAUACUGUACCGGGUACCCAUUAUGAACAAAAUCAUUUCAUAAAUUAUAUAAAAUAUUUUUAAUUAUCUAAUUAUUUUGUACGUUUUUUUUACUAGCCCUGAAGCGAGACCAACAUCUGGAAUAAAGGGCAGGAAUGGUAAUGGAUGUCUUAGGUGUGGAUAUGAGGUUUAUGCUGCUGAACAAAUGAUCAGUAAAAAUAAGGUAAUACAAUUUUUGAAUUUAAAUACUUAUCCGAAAAGUAAGCAUUGAUGGAAUGCGAAAUCAUAUUAGUGUGUUAGCUGAAUGCAAAUGAUAUUAAAUACAGGUAGUUAAGUGUAUUUAUUAAUGUAUGCCAAUAAAUAUUUUUUUAGGUAUGGCAUAAGAGAUGUUUCACUUGUGCCGAUUGCGCGAAAUCGUUAGAUUCGACUAACUUAACUGACGGUCCAGAUGGCGACAUUCAUUGCAAACCUUGUUAUGGAAAAUUCUUUGGUCCGAGGGGUUGCGGCUUCGGUUUAGGUGGUGGUGUUCUAUCUAGGGCAUAAAUAAUACCUAAUUAGAUAUUUACAUAUCUACUACAAUUCAAAAAUGGACUAAAGUCAAAUGCCAAAGAUUAACUUUUUAAACGAACUUUCUUUGAAUAUUUAUGUUAUGCUUUACAUUUCAUGUAAUAUCGAUCCAAAAAAACACUAAUUAUUAUUUGAUAAAAUUAAAAAAAAAGAAUUCUGAUCAUUUACGUAUAAUAUUGUUUUUUUUAUUAUUAUUUUACAUGUUGUGUAACUAUAUUAUACUAAGUGCAAACACCUGUGAACAUUUUUUAUAUUUUCAGAGCUUUAUUAAUUAUAUCAUUUUAUAUUAUGCAUCACAUCCGCAAAUAAAAAUGAUCAAACAAAUUAAUAUAACUUUAAGCGUAAGAAAUGUAACUUUCUUUUUGUAAUUUCUAUACAUAUAAUAAUAAUAAUAAUAAUACGCGAUAACAAUAAUGCGCAUCGAAACUAUAAUGUAAACAAUAUUGAACUUUGGAAUGUAUAAUUAUUGACAAGCCCUAAAUAUUAAAAAUGAAAAUAUAUAAUAUUAAAUUUUGCCAUUUAAAAUUGUAUGCAUUAAAACACAAAUUUUAAUUUGGCGUAUUGUUUGUUACUCUGUCGGUAGAUCAAGUUGAAUUUAGUUGUGUAUUCUAUGGUAUACGGCGUAUAACAACUUCUAAAUUGUUUAGUUGAUGCUCAUUUUUAAUGCGUGAUAUACGCAAGUAUACGCAUAGGGGCGUAUAACAAUUGCCCCUUGUCUUUUUAGACCUUUUUAUAAGAUAUUUGAGGGCUACAUGUAAACUACACAAAUGACCUUUUUACCAGUAUUUAAAACAUAGUGUAAACUCCUACAUAGUUCUUUUAACCUGCUAAAAAUAGAUGGUGUAAUCUCCUACAUAGACCUUUUUUACAUUUUUACCUACCAAAAUAGAUUGUGUAAUCACAGACCUUUUUACAUUUUAGAUUCUGAGUGUAGAAAAGAAUAUAUAUUGGUUUUACAUUGAUGUUUAUUUGAGAUAAUUCCACUUAAGUGGGAAAAAACGUACGAUUUUAAAUUAACACGCACGGCAUUUUAUACCAAAAAUAAUUCUCUAAUGGAAAAAUGGUAAGACUUUUAUUGUUGUAUUUUGGAUAAAUAUUCAUAGAGACCUACGAAUCUAAGAUAAUAAAAUGUUAAAUAAAAUUUAGUAAACAUAUUCAUAUAAGGCAUCAUAUCGGAAAUUCUCGAACAUUUCGAUAACGUCUACGUUAUUUCCGUAAAUUGGAAAUACAACAAUCUCUCUCUUUUUUUUUUUUUUAUAGUUUAUGAUUGAUUUUUAUUUAUUUUAAUAACUAAAAAAAUCUAAUUGUAUUAUAAUAGUUUGUUAUGAUUUUAUGUACCUAAUUAAAUAUAAAAAGCCCCAC